ACGCGGUUCCGGUGCCUAUUAUUACGCAAACGGACUCAAGGGACAAAUGGAGCAAAAAGAUGGACUUUCUCCUGUCUGUUGUGGGCUUUGCUGUGGACCUUGGAAAUGUUUGGAGGUUUCCGUACAUAUGUUACCAAAAUGGUGGCGGUAAGAUUGCUUUUAAAAGUUUACAAUCGUUCGAUUGUAUUACGUAGUUCAUGUCUGUGGUUUUUGUUAAGUCUUCAGAAAGGCGAAUCCAGGCUGCAAGUGCUGUCUGUGGUGCUGAAAUUAAGUUUGUCAUUACAAAGGAGUAUUUAAAGACACACUUUUCACACUUUUAUUUGUCCUUAAUACACUAUUUUGCGGAAAUGCGCAUGUGUAUGUGUGCAGGAGCUUUCCUUAUUCCUUAUAUUCUGAUGGCCAUCUUCGGAGGAGUGCCGCUCUUUUACAUGGAGCUGGCACUUGGACAGUUCCACAGAACCGGAGCCAUAUCCAUAUGGAAACACAUCUGCCCCAUUUUCAAAGGUAUAGGAUAUGCCAUUUGCAUCAUAGCCCUGUAUGUGUCCUUCUACUACAACACCAUCAUCGCCUGGGCCCUCUUCUACUUCUACUCUUCCUUCUCCACCAUCUUGCCAUGGACAAACUGCGACAAUGCAUGGAACACCGCUAACUGCACCAACUACUUCGGCAUGGACAACGUCACCUGGACCGAUUCCUCCAGAUCUCCGGCAGAGGAAUUUUACACGAGGAAUGUCCUCGAGAUCCACAAGUCGUCAGGUCUGACAAACGUGGGAGGUGUUCGUUGGCAGCUGAUGCUCUGCCUUUUUCUCAUUUUCACCAUAGUUUACUUCAGUCUCUGGAAGGGGGUGAAGACAUCUGGGAAGGUUGUAUGGGUGACCGCGACUCUGCCCUAUAUUGUUCUUUUCAUUCUGUUGAUCCGUGGUGCCACUCUGCCCGGGGCUUGGAGAGGGGUAGAGUUUUACCUCAAACCCCAAUGGGAAAAGCUACUGGAGACCAGCGUGUGGGUGGAUGCUGCUUCUCAGAUCUUCUUCUCCCUUGGUCCUGGCUUUGGAGUGCUCCUGGCACUCUCCAGUUAUAACCCUUUCACUAACAACUGCUAUCGCGAUGCCAUUGUGACCAGUUUGGUGAACUGUUUGACCAGCUUUGUGUCAGGGUUCGUGAUCUUUACAGUGCUGGGCUACAUGGCCGAGAUGAGGCAGGUGAAGGUGGAGGAUGUGGCCAGAGAUAAAGGACCCAGUUUACUCUUCAUCACGUACCCCGAGGCCAUCGCCAACAUGAUGGGUUCCACCUUCUUUGCUAUUAUUUUUUUUGUAAUGAUGAUCACUCUGGGGCUGGACAGCACGUUCGGUGGGCUGGAGGCGAUCAUCACGGCGGUGUUAGAUGAAUAUCCUGAUCAUUUCUCUCAAAGACGUGAACUUUUUGUCCUUUGCUUGGUAGUGGUCUGCUUUCUGGGCUCUUUGAGUACUCUUACUAAUGGUGGUGCAUAUGUGGUGAAGCUGCUGGAGGAGUUUGGGGUCGGCAUCUCCAUCAUUGCCGUGGGAUUCCUUGAGGCCAUUGCAGUUUCCUGGUUCUAUGGUAUCAACAGAUUCAGCAAUGAUGUUCAAGCCAUGCUGGGCAAAGCCCCAGGACUGUUUUGGAAGGUGUGCUGGGUUGCCAUCAGUCCAGCCUUUCUCGCGUAUAUCAUAGUGAGCUCUCUACUGAAAGCACCACCUCUCACCUUGUUUGACUACAAGUACCCAGACUGGAGCAUCACAGUUGGAUACACCAUUGGCUUUUCAUCCUUCAUGUGGAUCCCCAUCUAUAUGGUGUAUAAGCUGGUGUGGACACCAGGUUCUCUCAAACAAAGGCUGGCAGUGUGUCUGCGACCAGAGAAAACCAUUCCAGAUAUCCACGCCAACAAUCUCAACAUGGCCAACGUCCCAUAACAGGAAAACACACUUAUCUCCCCACUUUAUCUGUGAAGUUUUUAUCUGUGGCAUAAUGACUGUUUGCAGCUCAUGCGGUCUGUUGUUUUUCACUCAUCAACUUUGACUUCCUCUGUUGCCAAUUCUGAAUUAAAAGAUGUUCAAGAUGCUAAGAGGCGUAGCAAUAUAAACAGCCACACCUGCGUGUGUGCAUAUAUGUGCACACACAUCAGCCUGCAUCAACAUGACAGCAGAAAGCUCUCACAAGUUGGUGUUUUACAGAAAUAUAAUGACUAAAAGUCUAUACGCUGCCACUUCCAGUGGUGUAUUUUUUCUGACACUGCCAUAAUGCCAAGGAAAAUAAUGUAUUGUAUCGUCUCCAUCGCACGGGUGUAUGUCCCAUGUUAAUCCCUAUUUUCAAAGUAUUAUUCAAUUGUAUUCAGUUAAAAAAAGGAAUAUUGUUUCGUGUGUAAUUUUAUAUAAUUAGGACUUAAGGCUGGACUUCUGGUGCCAGUUUUAACACACAUUGUGAGGGGUACCUCCUUGCUAUGCUUUUAUCAUAUAGUUCUUUGUCGUGUGUAGGAUUCCUACGCCAGGUUGCUGAAAACACCUGGCAGCCCCUGAAGUAUCUGUAAUAAGAUUUUAAUAUUUUUUUUUUAUUUAUUGUCAUGUUAAGGUGAUAUAUGUGAUAUAUGCUAUAAAUUCAAGAUACAAUAACGUUAUUAAUCCUAAGGGCGAUUUGCUGGAGCUGUAGUGAUAAAAUGACUAGAUUGUUUAAAACAUAGACUUUGCCUGAUUGCUUCAGUUAACUUCAAAUAGCCUCUUUUGCCUUAAUCUGCCUAAACUGUAAGUGUAUUCACAAAAAUGUGUAAAGGCUGUAUUGAUAUUGUGCCUCUCCAUACUCACUUUAUUACUGAAGACACUCAACAUUGGUCAGAUGUGUGAAUAUAUCUCAUUUACAAGCUACAUCCACAAGCGCUUUACAUCAUCUUUUUAUUCAGUGAGUAGUGUGAUGAGAAAAGUGACAAUUGCUGUGCGAUUUAACCUUUCUGUAUUUACAAAUGCUUAGUUAUAGUAUCAAUUAUACAUCGUGUCUGUGCUGUUUUUCGUUCCUGUGAUAUAUUUGUUAUAAAACUACAAAUUCAUUAAAGAAACAAUAUUUUCAAGAGCAACACUACUACCAUACUUACCGAAAUAUACAACGCUAUUUUUUUCCUUGAACAACUUCUAGUCAGAGCUUUUCUUCCUGGCACUCAUACACACACACACACCAGUGACCUGGAGAGAUGCAGCUGCAAAA